CUGUAAACCCCCAGUGCCUAGGGGCCCCCCUCUCUCUCGAGUGUCUCUUUUGGCUGCCUGCACUGCAGCAGCAGCAGCAGCAGCAGCAGCAAGCGCAGGAAGAGGACAGGAUUAGAGGCAACAUCGCUGUGCCUGUUUCCGCGUGGGCAGCGGCAGCGGGGAUCAACGCUGCUACCACGAGAGCCUCAAACCCCCAGUAUAUCUUAUGGCCACCCACUACAGGCUCUGCUGCAUUUGCUGCUGCUGCUGCUGAUAGCAGCAGCAGGAGCAGCAGCAGCAGCGUGUCUAGCUGCAGCAGCACGACAGUGUCGUCUUCAGGAGCAGCCGGGGCAGCAGCAGCGCGCAGGCCGCAGCAGCAGCAGCAGCAGGCACUGCCAGCUGCAACCAGCAGCAGCAGCAGCAGCAGCAGCAGCUUGCUGGCCCCACAAGAUGACCCUUACUGCCCCCUGUCUUAUCCGGAAGAAAGAGUUUCUCUCUCUAUGGAGCUGCUGAUGCAGUCCCUUGCGUCAGCUGCUGCCAUGCAGGAGCAAACCCACACCGCGAGCCCCAAACCCCCGGACUGCUGCUGCUUAAAAGCUGCUGCGCUGCUGAUGGUGCAGCGGCCGCUGCAGGUCACAACAGCUCUUAUGGAUUCUUUCAUGUAUGUGCAAAUCGAGAACUCCACAGGGUUUGGGGUGGGCGGUUGGGGCUGGCGGCUGCAGUUUCGCCGGGAUGGGGCUUUUUGCCUUGGCUGCGAAUCAAAGGUUUGA